GUCCUCUCGCCAUUUAUGCUAAAACUGGGCCAAGCCAACGCACUUAUCGCUCUUCGGCCCACUAAAUCAGUAGGCCCACGUUGUGAAGCUCCUAGUCCUAGUAGCCACGGCUCCACGCAGAACCGUAGGCAGACCCGGCAACGGCAACGCAGAGUCGCCGACGCCGCUGGUGCCUCCCUCUCUCUCACAGAUCCUCCACCGCCGCUGUUGCCGGUGCCGAUCGCCCACCGCUUCCGCCGCAGCGCCGCUCCUCCCUCAGUCUGGUGUAGUAGUGGAGCCCGAGAUCCAUCGGACCGUGGAUUGGAUAGAUUCUAUCUUUUGUUGUCAAAUCCGGUCAUGAAUACAACUCAGAAAGUUGAUCUAGUGGAACCAGCUGCUAAGGUUAUCAAACAAGCCUCACAGUACAAAAGACUGGGGCGAAAAAACCCAUUUGUUCGAUAUGGGUUGCCACUUAUUUCCUUGACAGUGUUUGGUGCAGUCGGGCUUGCUCAUCUUAUACAGGGCAGCAAAGAAGUGACAAAAGAAAAGGAGGAUAUAGAAUGGGAGGUUGUAGAAACAACAAAAGCUCUGAGCCGAACAGGGCCGGUGGAAGGGGCCUAUAAGCCUAAGAAGCUCUCUUUAGAGGAUGAACUGAAGGCUUUGCAGCAGAAGGUGGACAUAAACAGCUACGACUACAAGAGGAUCCCCAGACCCAAUGAAAAAUAAGUGAAUUAUAGCAUCAUUUACCAACGUGAGGAUUGUUUCUUCAACUUUUCUUUCUCUAGUCCUGUAUGAUGCUUUCUAAGUCUUGAAAUGAGAAGGGCCGAAUGGGAAAGCUCCGGCACUAUGAACAGAACUUUAAGCUCCGUUAGUCAGCAGUGGAAGAAAAUUAGGGUCCGGAUCCUUGAACUAUAGGAAUCGGUGUUUGUAGCAACAGCCCUUACGCUUUCUUUUCAUUUCUGUACUGUUACUCUUCUGAGAUCUUGUAGAUGCUUGUAUACUGGCACAAGAAUACAUGAAUAAAAUUGUUAACAGAC